AUCCUGACUGCAGUCUGUGGCUCUGAUUCCACACCUGAGGGGCUCAGGAUGCUGUUGUUGGGAGCUGUUCUACUGCUACUAGCCCUGCCCAGUCUCGGCCAGGAAACCACCGAGAAGCCUGGAGCACUACUGCCCAUGCCCAAGGGGGCCUGCGCAGGCUGGAUGGCGGGUAUCCCAGGGCAUCCUGGCCACAACGGUACCCCAGGCCGUGAUGGCAGAGAUGGCGUCCCUGGCGAGAAGGGUGAGAAAGGAGAUACAGGUCUUACUGGUCCUAAGGGUGACACUGGGGAAUCUGGAGUGACUGGGGUUGAAGGUCCCCGAGGUUUCCCAGGAAUCCCGGGCAGAAAAGGAGAACCUGGAGAAAGCGCCUAUGUCUACCGUUCAGCAUUCAGUGUGGGCCUGGAGACUCGGGUCACUGUCCCUAACAUGCCCAUUCGCUUUACCAAGAUCUUCUACAAUCAGCAAAACCACUAUGAUGUCACCACUGGCAAAUUCCACUGCAACAUUCCUGGGCUGUACUACUUCUCCUUCCACAUCACGGUCUACUUGAAGGAUGUGAAGGUCAGCCUCUACAAGAAGGACAAGGCUGUACUCUUCACCUACGACCAGUACCAGGACAAGAAUGUGGACCAGGCCUCUGGCUCUGUGCUCCUCUAUCUGGAGAAGGGGGACCAAGUCUGGCUCCAGGCAUACGGGGAUGAAGAGAAUAAUGGGGUCUAUGCUGACAAUGUCAAUGACUCCAUCUUCACAGGCUUCCUUCUCUACCACAACAUUGAAUGAUGAGCACUGCCAACUCAGAGCCUCCACCAGGCUGAGGUCUUCAGUGUCAUUAGGAGACUGAUUGGAUUAUCUAAUUGGAGGGCUCUGAACAUUAUUCAUUGAUUGACUCAUUCAUUCCCAAAUAUCUUUUUUUUUUUUUUUUUGCUUUGGUUUUUUUUUUAGGGCCUCUUGAAUCUACUCUUGAUCUUUAAGAAUUACAAAAAAA